AUGGAUAUUACAGAUUACAUCUUCAACCAGAGAGAAGAGGUCCUCUUGGCCGGUGAUUACAAUGCCUACCGUGCCCAUACCACCCGUAAAUUGCACAAACUCCGCAAGAAGCUCGGGCAGACCACACCCAAAGGCCGGAAAUAUACUGCCAAACCCCCCGUCAGCGCAGAGAAUGUCAACGGCAAUGUUGCAUAUGUCCACACCCUACUCCUAAGCUCAGAACGAGCAUGGGCACAAGCGCUGCAAAUGAAGUCGGCGCAUUCUGCAGAUCCGUCAGCAAAGGGAAUCACAGGUGCCGCCCGGCGUCAUAUCAUCUCGCGACUGCAUAAAUCCGCCGGUUAUGCAAAUGAACUUGUUCUCUUGUUACAAGACCAAGCUUCUGGCGCUACUGAUAAUGAUCUUCUUGAGGCGCGUGCAUACCAUGCCACACUCUCGGGGGCCCUCUCAUUGGAGAAGCGAAAAUGGGAGCAGUGUAUGCAGGAUUUCUCCGUCUCUAGGGUUAUAUAUGCAGCACUUGGUCAAAACAAUAAGAAAGAUGCAUUUCGGGAUCUCCUCUCUGGUACCGUCGACCCGAGUUUGAGAUAUGCUGCAUACCAGAUGAAGCUUCCACGAUCGAAGCCUCUACCCUCUUUGGCCAUCAGCUUUUUCCCGUCGGACGCCAACCUCAGGUCAGAAGUCGAAAAGGUGGAUCCUAACUGUCUUAAAGAGGAUGCUGCUGGAACAAGGAGAACUGCGGACGGGGAGGUGCAGCAACUUCCUGAAACCAUCACAUGGAGGUCACGAACCGUUGCUCUGGAAGACGCCGCAAUCUCCCAGGCCCUCGCGGCAGCAGCGGCGGCGGAGUCUCGCCUCGCCUCGUGGCUCGCAGAAGCCUCGGGCAAAUCUGCAUCAUCGAAGGACAAGGCAGCUGCCUACGAUAACGUCAUUAUUGCCAGCCAAGAUGCAGUGGAUGCUACAAAGACGGCCAUCGACGACCUUGUCAGUGAGGGUGUAGAUCCUGGUGAUAAAAGGAUGCAGAGCUUGCAGAUUACCCGCACCGCCGUCAAUUUUGCCUUGGUAGGAUGGAGAGUCGGGCGUAAUCGCGUAUUGUGUGGCGAGCAUGACGGCAUACAUGGUGAGACCGACCAGGCCAAGGCAACCAAGGGUAGCAAGGGUUCUGCCAAACGCGAAGAAACCAAGGGCAAGAAGCUGGCCCGUCUGCGUGAAAGGGUUGUUUUGUAUGAUUCUACAUUGCAGAGCAUUGAGUUCAUCCUCGAGCUACCCGGUGUGGCAGCAGAUUCUGCCUUCGUUCAGGAGCUUGGAGCUAAACGAUCCUACUUCCGGGCCUUGAGAUGUCUCACCAUUGGGCGGUCUCACAGUAUUCUUGGGAAAUAUAAAAACGCACUUGCGUUGUUUUCGCAAGCGUUGGCGCUUAGUCAGGAGUCUGCGAGCCCGGUUCAGUCCACGGCCGAAGCGGAAGAACCGCCAAAGCUUGAUAUCACACGCAACCAAAUCCAGACCCUCGAGUCAACCUUGCGCGCCCUGGUUUCACAAUACCGCGGGCUUGUCACUCUGGAGAAGAUCUCCGAGCAGCAAUCGAAAUCGGCCAGUGAGCGACCGAUGGUUGAGCGGUUGCACGAGUACCCCGGCGACGGUUUGGAUUUGAAGAACCUCGUCCCAUACCCACCUCAGAUGCAGCCAGUGCCAGUGAAGCCACUAUUCCUUGACGUCGCUUGGAACUACAUUGACUACCCCCGUGAGAACGCGAACACCCAAAGUGCGACUCCGGCCUCGGCUGAGCCAGCCACAGAGGAAAAGAAGGGAGGCCGACGCGGCUGGUUUGGCUUUGGACGCUUUGAGUAA